AUGGGGCAAUCCCUUGUUGCAGGCACAGAAGUGCACAAAGUGGCGCCCCUUCAUCGGGAGAGCCGACGCAAGGGCGUCAGUGAGAAGUCCACAGAGCCUGACGAGGAGUCGAAGCUGUGGGCGCACUCCAUCAACUUCCCAGAGAAGGGGUGCCUGCUCAUCGCGCACCCACUUGUGUUCACCACCCAGCAGCAGUACUUUGCGCAGGCUGUCAUAUUCAUCUUCGAGCACAGCGAGCAGGGCAGCGCCGGGCUGAUACUGAACAAGCCCACACAGUACACCAUUGGCACCAUGUCUGGGCUGGAGGCGCUCUGCCCAGAGUUCAACAACAAUGGUCUCUUCCUGGGUGGAGAUGUGAGCCCCAACUCGAUGCACAUGCUGCACUGCCACGGGCAGCUGCCAGAAGCAGUGGAGAUCAUCCGAGGGAUCAACAUGGGGGGCUUUGAUGCGGCCAAGGCUGCUGUCAGCCAGGGCAGAAUGCCAGCCACAGACUUCAAGUGGUUCACAAGGUACUCGGGGUGGGGUGCGGGGCAAUUACAGAGGGAAUGCGCGUCGGGCGUGUGGUUCACUGCGGCGGCCAGCAGCGCCCUGGUGCUCCAGCAGGGCUGCGCAGACAGCGCAGACUCGGGGCGCGAGAUGUGGCACCAGGUGCUGAACCUGAUUGGGGGUGAUCUGGCAGAGCUUAGUAAGGCCCAGAAGGGGGUGUUCGACCCUGAAAUCAUGGGAACCCCGGCCCCUCCCUCAGAGAACCGCGAUGGUGAUGCAGUCUGA